AUGGAUCUCGCACCACCUAAUCAGCCAUCUUCAUGUUCACAACAUGCACAUUAUUGCAAUAACUCUUUGUAUUAUGAGCUAAUGACAAAGCAAUGUCCAAAAACAUGUGGUCGAUGUUCGGAAAAUGCCACUUCGAGUGUGUGCCAGGAUAAGGCGUUACCCAAUGCACCGUCCCAGUGUCCCGACUUGGUUCAUCUGUGCAAUAAUCCAUUAUACCGGGAUUUGAUGACCCAACAAUGCCCGAAGACCUGUUGUCGUUGCUGA